AUGAAUAGAAGAAAGAAAAAAAUGUUGCAACUGAGGAAAAGGACCUCUGACAGAUCUACAGCACCACCUACUCUUAAAAGGAGGAGAACUGUGACCCCACCUGGGCAAAACCCAACAGUCUCAAUCCUGUCAUUGCCACCUGAAGUGCUUGAGAACAUCCUAUUUAGGCUCUCAGUGCCUGAUAUUGUCUCCUUUGGAUCUACGUGCCAUUAUUUUCACAAGCUGAGCCUCAGCCAGGCUGUGUGGAAGAAUCUGUACUUUGGGAAUUUGAAAGGUCCUGCUCCUUCCAGGAAUGAUGAAACCAACUGGAGGAGGCUGACCAUCCUGAGGAUGAGCCAGGGCCUUGUCCUUCAGCGGCUAAGAAGUGCUUCUGGCAGGGGUAAAGCCGCUUUACACCAUUUAAGAAGUCGGCAGCUGGCCCUUACAAUGUCAUUCAAUGCUCCCAUGGCGCUGGGCUUCCGUAGGGUGGUGCCCACACUGGGGUACACUGUGCUCUGGGACUACAAGGGAACCAUCUUUGUCCUGUUCACCCCUCGGCAGAAUGUGAUGUGGAGGAGGCCCUUAAACCAUACAAUACUGUGCAAUGAUGCCAAAGAUUUUGCUGUGGACCCCUGCUCUCUCACAUACCGACAGCAUAUCUACGUGCUAGUGAGUCGAGAGGUCUGUGGUAUCCCCUCAGGGUGCAUGGGACCUCCUGCCCCACGCAUCAUGUGUGACUGUGUGGAGGUAUUCCAGUCGGACACCCACAAGAUGGUCUUUCGCAUGACUUUCCAUUUCUCUCUCAAUUUCACGCAGCUCCGCCUGUGUGGACGGGAGAACAAACGCACUAUCCUGCUGCUGACCGACACUGGAAAAGUGUAUGCCAUGUCUAUUAAUGAGAUCCAGCUCCAAAAUUCAUGCUCCUACACUGCGCAACUGACUCUCAAGAACAUUAGCAAAAUACUGCCAGAACUGCCAAUCAAACAGAUCCACACCAGUUCUAACAGCAUUUUGUAUCUAAGAGCUGAUGGCUCAGUUUUCGUCGAAGUACAUUCUAUAGGAACUUACUACCAGCUGUUUGGGACUUCCGCAGGACAGGACACCUAUGAUGCUCAAACUGUUAUCCCACUCAUGCUGCCAUACAAGGUGGUAAAAUGCUCACUGGGUCUUUCUCACCUCUGCCUGCUGGAUGACCGUGGAAGAGUCUUCAUGCAAGGAUGCAACCGCUAUGGCCAGUUAGGCACUGGAGACAAGAUCGACCGUGGCGAUCCCACUAUGGUGAUAGUAUCCAUGGCUCCAGUGGAUGUGUGGUGUGGACUGAACCACACGCUGGUACUGCUACAGACUGAGUCUGGAGAUAAAGAGGUGCAGGGCUGCGGCUGUGGAUCAAAUGGCCGUUUACCUGGCUGCUGGCCAGGCAGCCCUGUGUUUGUGAAACUCAGCAUCCAAGUUCCACGCACUGCGAGUUCACUUUGCUGCUCCAAGGAAUGCAUUUUCCUCCUGUGCUCCCAUGACAUCGCUGAGCCCCCUGCAUCUCAUUACAUUCCACCUGGAACAGAGGAUGAGAAGGACAUCGAGAGAGGACAGGAAGAAGAGAAGCAGCAAAUACAGAUUCACCUCACUCAGAUGAAAAGCUGUGACAGUGCCACAAGGCGGAUCAUCAUGCUGCAGAGCAUUGUCAAACACUACCUGACAGGCCUAAGUCCUAUACACAAAGACUUCUUUGACACUGCAUUGAGCAUAAUCCUUGGCCACUGUACCACAGCCAAAAUGGAGCCACAGCAGCCCUCCGAGGCAUAA